CCCCUUGCUGUAGUCGCUGCCGCCGCUUCUCUUUUUCGCCCCUCUGCCCUCUCUUUUCCCUGCCCUACGAACGGCGUGCGAUCCAUGGGGACGCUGGGAAGGGCGAUCUACUCCGUCGGAUUCUGGAUCCGGGAGACCGGCCAGGCCCUCGACCGCCUCGGCUGCCGCCUCCAGGGCAACUACUACUUCCAAGAGCAGUUGUCGAGGCAUCGUACGCUCAUGAACGUAUUUGACAAGGUGCCUAAUGUUCAUAAGGAUGCUUUUGUGGCUCCAAGUGCAUCUGUUAUUGGUGAUGUCCAAGUGGGCCAAGGAUCAUCAAUUUGGUACGGAUGUGUUCUGCGAGGUGAUGUAAACAGCAUACAUGUUGGCUCUGGCACUAACAUUCAAGAUAAUUCCCUGGUGCAUGUGGCAAAAUCUAAUCUGACUGGAAAGGUUCUACCAACUAUUAUUGGAGAUAACGUCACAGUAGGUCAUAAUGCUGUCUUGCAUGGAUGCACUGUUGAGGAUGAAACAUUUGUUGGAAUGGGUUCUGUCCUUCUUGAUGGGGUUGUCGUGGAGAAGCAUGGAAUGGUUGCUGCUGGAGCCCUUGUAAGGCAGAACACUAGGAUUCCAUGUGGAGAGGUGUGGGGAGGUAAUCCUGCGAAGUUUUUGAGAAAGCUGACCGAUGAAGAGAUUGCUUUUAUAUCUCAGUCUGCUACGAACUAUGCCAAUUUGGCCCAGGUGCAUGCUGCUGAGAAUGCUAAAUCAUUUGACGAGAUAGAGUUUGAGAAAGUAUUGCGCAAGAAGUUUGCACGCAGGGAUGAGGAGUACGAUUCGAUGCUUGGAGUGGUUCGUGAAGUCCCUCAAGAACUAAUUCUUCCCGACAACAUCUUACCGAACAAAUCUCCCAAGCCUUCUCAGAUAGGCUGAGAUUGCCAGCCCACCUCACCAAAUUGGUGUUGUGAGCUUGUUGUAAAGGGAUGAUGAGUUUGGUGGUUUAUGCCAUCCCAAUAAUUUCAGGUCGGUCUCAUCUCUGGGAUCGGCCAUGCACUUUUUCCCUGUUUUUUUGUUUUUUCUUGGAAUCUGAAAUUGCUUCCGGAUGAUGUGAACAAGAGACGAUGGUUUUGAUGACUCUUGUAGAGCACUUGGCAUACUUCAGAAACCUGUCUGAAUAUAGUGGUGCUUGGAGUAAUAAGUUAUUCAAUUGUGAGAUAGAAACAUCCAUCAUGGAGACACUGAAUCCAGAAGCUGAUAUCUUCUUGUUGGU